CUGUGUUAACAGUAGAGGUGUGUAGUAAGUGUAGUGUGUUGCAACUUCACAAGUUAUUUUUCUUCCAGAUUUUAGAUUAGAUCUUCUCUCUGCUACUCAAAGCCUGAAAUGUUGAAGAUGAAGUCGCUCUUUCAGCUUUUCCAUCUUUGUUUACUAGGUCUUACAGGUAAUGCGAAGAUCACUACUACUGAAAUGUUGAAGGUGAAGGCGUUCUUUCAGCUCUUCCUUCUUUGUUUACUGGGUCUUACAGUUACAGGUCAAGAAAAUUUUCAACUUCUUAAUCUCUAUGACACUAGUUCUCCAGGAUCUGUUCAAGCUUCGUCUCACUCUGGUCUGCCUAUAGCAGUUUCUGUGAGUGUUAAUAACCUGAAUGAAAUCUCUGGCAGUGUCUUAAUGGCUGAGAGUUGGCUCAGGACUUAUGUUCUGGCUUACUACCCUGCCUCCAAAAUCACCACCAUUGUUGUGGGUAACAAUGUUGUUUGCCAGAAGGACCAAGAGGACAACUUGGCUCUUAUUCUACCAUCUCUCAAGAACAUUUAUCACUCUCUGACAAGGUGGGGUUUGGAGGGAGAAAUCAAAGUCUCUCCAGCCUUCUCUUCCAACUGCUUGCAGCCCCAUCUAGCUGAGAAAUUUAUGAGACCUUUGUUGAAGUUUCUCCUCACUGCAAACUCCACUUUCUCCUUAAACCCUCCUCCAAUGUUAUAUCCUUUAUCAGAUAAAACUAAAAAUAACACCUUUGUGUCUUCUCACUUGGAGUCCAUAAAAAACCUUGGACUUUUAACACCCAACAAUAUCAAUGUUUUAGUCUACAUUCCCAAAGAAGCAAAACCAAGAAGCAGAAAGCUCUCAGAUUCUGACUCCAAGGUUAUAAACCCAUACCCAGCAAGACCAACACCAUUACCAGAAAUCUCCCCAAUUCACUCCUCUAUAGGCUACUCCAUUCCAGCCCACGUGACCAAAUCUCCACAACCCCCACUAUCACACUCUACUUCUCCACCACCAUUAUCUUUCCCUUUCGCUGCUCCACCUCCAUUUAAUUUCCCUUCAGAUUCUCCACCUCCAUUUAAUUUCCCUUCAGAUUCUCCACCUCCUUUGACCUUUCCUUCAGAUUCUCCACCACCAUUGACUUUUCCUUCAGACUCUCCGCCACCAACGCCUUUCUAUAAGGCGCCAGAAACGCCACCUGAGACUUUUCCAGCCUCACCGCCUUAUGGGUUCUCUUUGCCUCCUUGUAAUCCAAUUGAUAACACUGUGGCCCCGUCACCUGAGCCUACAGGGGUGGUACAGAGUUUAUGGUGUGUAGCUAAGCCUAGUGUGCCAGCUGAGACUCUGCAGGAGGCCAUGGACUAUGCUUGUGGUGAUGGUGGUGCUGAUUGUGAGGAGAUCAUGCCUAAUGGAAACUGUUUCUAUCCUGAUACUGUUGUAGCUCACGCUUCUUAUGCUUUCAAUAGUUAUUGGCAGAAGACCAAGAGAAAUGGAGGAACUUGUAGCUUUGGAGGGACUGCUAUGAUUAUCAAUGCUGAUCCAAGUUAUCUUCACUGUCGGUUUGUUCUCAGCUGAAGACAGUAAAGCAAGUGGUUAUGGAGAAUGUUGGGAUUGUAUUGGUACAGAAUAGGAUUAGUGGGUCUAAUACUAUAUCCAAUUUGACUGCUUUUCCCUUUAUCUAGGCUGAUUACCAUAGUUUAGUAUAAUAUUGCAUGUAAGAAUCUGUAGCUUUUGGAGAUUUGCUUCUUUAUGACUAAUGUACUUAUGGGGUAUUCUAUGCACAAAGUGGAAGUGCUUUUGACCGCUAUGCUAUAUAAUAUAGACACUUAUUUU